GGGGGGCGGACAGGGGAGCCCCGGGAGCGCGAGCUGCGGCCGGCGCCGCUGCAGAGCCGAGCGAAUCCCGAGCCCAGGCAGCAGGAGUUGGCAUGCAAGCUGGAGCUGCAGCAGCGAUUCUGCAACCACAAGGCAAUAAGUGUGAGUAAUGCAUCACACAGAGGACUGGGGAAGGAUCACCUUGAGUCCUUGGUGAUAUCUCAGAGCCACUGCCUCCAGGCUUAUUCCUAGGAAACUACCAUCCCGCUUACAGGGAGUCUGCUCCUUCACUCAACUCCUGCUGGAUGAAUUUAAAUCCAUGAUGCUGUGGAAAGUUAAAAAAAAAAAAUACCUCAUUGAUCGAGUUUGGAAGAUAACAAGAUACCAAUUAACUAACUUUUGAAAAUCAGUAAAUAAAAAGAAAAGUACCAUUUUGUAUGUCUUGUAAGAACUCACACUUAGAAAUGCUGACGGCAGGCUUCAAGACGGCUGAGCCCCAGGAGACACUAAGAAAACCCAUGGCUCUGGUUGCAUCUUUCAACAUGACCAAUCCACAGCCUGCCAUAGAAGGAGGAAUUUCUGAAGUUGAGAUCAUCUCCCAACAAGUAGAUGAAGAAACCAAGAGCAUUGCUCCCGUGCAGCUGGUGAACUUUGCCUAUCGUGACCUGCCCCUGGCUGCGGUCGACCUCUCCACGGCGGGUUCGCAACUCCUGUCAAAUCUGGACGAAGAUUACCAAAGAGAAGGGUCUACCUGGCUGAAGCCGUGCUGUGGGAAGAGAGCAGCCGUGUGGCAGGUAUUUUUGCUCAGUGCGAGUCUCAACAGUUUCCUGGUAGCCUGUGUAAUAUUGGUGGUGAUUCUCCUGACUCUGGAACUUCUAAUAGAUAUAAAGCUUCUCCAGUUUUCCAGCGCAUUCCAAUUUGCCGGCAUAAUUCACUGGAUCAGUCUGGUCAUUCUUUCUGUGUUCUUCUCAGAGACUGUUCUGCGGAUUGUGGUGCUUGGGAUCUGGGAUUAUAUUGAAAACAAAAUCGAGGUGUUUGACGGGGCUGUGAUCAUCCUGUCCUUAGCCCCAAUGGUGGCGUCCACUGUGGCCAAUGGGCCCAGGAGCCCCUGGGAUGCCAUCAGCCUCAUUAUCAUGCUCCGGAUCUGGCGGGUGAAGAGGGUCAUUGAUGCCUACGUCCUGCCGGUGAAGGUGGAGAUGGAGAUGGUCAUCCAGCAGUACGAGAAGGCCAAGGUCAUCCAAGAUGAGCAGCUGGAGAGACUGACGCAGAUCUGUCAGGAGCAAGGGUUUGAGAUCCGGCAGCUGCGGGCGCACCUGGCGCAGCAGGACCUGGACCUGGCUGCGGAGCGCGAGGCGGCGCUGCAGGCCCCUCACGUGCUCAGCCAGCCGCGCAGCCGCUACAAGGUGGUGGAGGCCGGCACGUGGGCCGAGGAGACGGCCACCGAGAGCGUCGUGGAGGAGCUGCAGCCCUCGCCAGGUGCCGCCGUGAGAGACGACAUGAACAGCUACGUCAGCCAGUACUACAACGGGCCCAGCAGUGACAGUGGUGCCCCAGAGCCAGCCGUAUGCGUAGUCACCACAGCCGCCGUUGACAUCCACCGGCCCGAUCUCUCCUCGGACCUCUGCUUGGUCGACGUGGCCCUGAAGCCCAGCAGCAGUGGCACGUGUGCCAGUGCCACGUCCGAGAGCGCCUCCCACUCAACUUGCAGCUCUGUCACCCGGGCCCAGAGUGACAGCAGCCAGACGCUGGGCUCCUCCACAGACUGCAGCACCGGCCGCAAGGAGCCAUCCUCAGAGCCCGGCCCCUCUCCUCGGCCACUGCCGCCACCACCCCAGCAGCAGAUGGCAGAGGCCGCGGUCCAGGACCUGCUGUCCUCCCUGUCGGAGGACCCCUGCCCGUCCCAGGGGGCCUUGGACCCAGCCCCUCUCACCUGGCCCAGCCCCACGGGCUCGGCCCAAAGCAGCCCUGAGCUGGAGCCCAGGGUAAGUCUUUUCAACCAGAAGAAUCAGGAGGGCUUCACAGUCUUUCAGAUCAAGCCUGUCAUCCACUUCCAGCCUGCUGCACCCAUGCUGGAGGAGAAGUUCAGAUCUUUGGAAUCCAAAGAGCAGAAGUUGCACAGGGUCCCUGAAGCCUAGAGCCUCCAGCUGGGCUGGGUGGGAGGAGGGCCAAGAGCUAUCUGGAUGCUCUCCGAGGGCCCCGGAGGCCACGGGGGGCCACACGCAGGGCCUCCCCCAGGGUGCUGCCUGCCUCCAGGGAGGUGUCACCGAGCCAGGAGGCCACAUGCCUCAGACCUCAGAGCCCAGAGUGGCGUCUCCUCGGGCCUUGCUCAGGGGAGGGUGGUGCUCAUGGCUGGGGUCUUUUUAAACCAUUUUUACAAAAACCAGCCUGUGGCCCAGCUUCAGCAGGGUAGAGCGCAGGGACCAGCCCAGCCUCUUCGUGGCCUUCGUCCCUGGCGCCCACCCUGAAGCCCUGGGAAGAGCACUGUGAGCAGGGGCUAUCUAGCCCCACCCCCAGCCGUCUCGUCUUUUCCCGGAAUCCGGGGUGGAGCCGACACAGUCACACAGAGACCACCAUCUGAGACCGCCAUCUGAGCCUAUUUCGUUCGUCCUCAUUCUCUCCUUCGGCAUGAGCAUCUCUGAGUCUUUUCCAGACAGAUCUAGUUUUCACCUUCACAGGACAUAAUGGGAUGAAUCUGGAGGUGGGUGGGAGGGCCAUGGUGGGGUGCAGGGACAGCCGUUUU